AUGAUUGCAGACUUACAAGUAGAAAAAGAAUAUCGUUUAUUUGACAACUUUAGCAGAAUAUCUUCUCAGGAUUUUGAAUGGUUGUUGAAUGGUAUUGGACCAGAAAUAUUGGAAAAAGAUACAAAUUAUCGUGAAGCAAUCCGUUGCACUCUGUGGUGGUCAUGGCUACGCUCAUUCAAGAGAACGGUAUCAAAACUAACCAUGGCAUGG